AAUAAGACAAGAAAAAAGUGAUCGGAGAAUGACAAUGUUGAACAGCAUUUGAAACUUGCACGACUCAACAAUUGGUGUUUUAUUCUCUUAUUACAUGUCAUCUGAAUAUCUCUAUACAGUUCUUCAAACGUUAACAGCUUAGAAAAAUUCAAAAAAAGGAAAAAGAAAGAAAAGAAAAACCACCAUUGAUGGCACUGUCACACUCUACCUCUGCCUUAGCAACCGUAGUUACACUUUCAUCGCCGAGAAGCAAACCUCUGAAACUGAAACCCGUCGCUGUUUUCUCCUUCACAAAGGUACCAUUUUUCACGAAGCAAACAAGACCCAGAAGCAGAAGAAACCUUUCCCUAACCCCUCCACGUGUUGCUGCGCCACCCACAACAAUUGAACCCGAUAAACCAUUCCCCGAAACGGAAAGGAGCGAAAUUGAAGACGAGUUUGGCGAUGAGAGCUCGUCCUCGAAGUUCUCUUGGAGGGAUCACUGGUACCCAGUUUCGUUAAUUGAAGAUUUGAACCCUCGCCAUCCCACACCGUUUCAGCUUCUGGGUCGUGAAAUCGUGCUCUGGUAUGAUAACUCCAAAUCCCAAUGGGUUGCUUUCGACGAUAAAUGCCCACAUCGUCUUGCUCCCUUAUCUGAAGGAAGGAUCGAUGAAGGUGGAAACUUGCAGUGUUCUUACCAUGGAUGGUCUUUCGAUGGGUGUGGAUCCUGUGUUGUGAUCCCUCAAGCUUCAUCUGAAGGUCCAGAAGCACGUGCUGUUCGAUCUCCUAGAGCAUGUGCCACUAGGUUCCCUACCAUGGUGUCUCAGGGCUUGCUCUUUGUUUGGCCUGAUGAGAAUGGUUGGGAGAAAGCAAAUGCCUCCAAGCCUCCAUUGUUGCCUGAUGACUUUGAAAAGCCAGAGUUUGCCACGGUGAACAUUCAGCGUGAUCUGUUCUAUGGCUAUGAUACUCUCAUGGAGAAUGUAUCUGACCCUUCUCACAUUGAUUUUGCUCAUCACAAGGUUACAGGUAGGAGAGAUAGAGCCAAGCCUCUGCCAUUCAAGAUGGAUUCUCGUGGUUCAUGGGGCUUUGCAGGAGCUAAUGAAGGGAACCCACGGAUCAGUGCCAAAUUUGUUGCACCAUGUUAUUAUAUGAACAAAAUCGAGAUUGAUACCAAACUCCCAAUAGUUGGUGACCAGAAAUGGGUAAUAUGGAUAUGUUCCUUCAAUGUCCCCAUGGCACCUGGUAAGACUCGCUCCAUUGUUUGCAGUGCUCGAAACUUCUUCCAGUUCACAGUGCCAGGGCCUGCCUGGUGGCAAGUCGUUCCUAGAUGGCAUGAACAUUGGACUUCAAACAAGGUAUAUGAUGGAGACAUGAUUGUCCUCCAAGGUCAAGAGAAAAUCUUUCUUUCAGAAACAAAGGAUGGCGGUGACAUUAACAAAGAGUACACAAACAUCACCUUCACACCAACACAGGCAGAUCGCUUUGUCUUGGCAUUCCGUAAUUGGCUGAGGCGACACGGCAACGGCCAACCAGAAUGGUUUGGCAAGAGCAGCAACCAGCAGUUGCCAUCAACUGUUUUAUCAAAACGCGAGAUGUUGGAUAGAUUUGAACAGCACACACUCAAGUGUUCAUCAUGUAAAGGAGCGUAUGAGGGAUUCCAAACAUGGCAGAAGAUAAUGAUUGGUGCAACAGUUGUGUUUUGUGCAACAUCAGGGAUACCAUCAGAUACACAGCUGCGUAUACUUUUGGCUGGACUCGCAAUUGUCAGCGCAGCCUUAGCAUUUGCCUUAAAUCAACUCCAAAAGAAUUUUGUAUUCACCGAUUACGUGCAUGCCGAAAUAGAUUAAACACAUUACGACUAGUUUGUUAAUAGGGUUGUAGAAAAAUAGUACAUGUAUGUAUGUGUACAUGCAUAUAUUUUGAUCAAAAGUGUUCAUAUCUAUCUACGUGUGUUAUGACCAAAGGACAACGUAAAAACCCAAGGUUUAUUGAAAUUGAAUUG